AUGUCUCUUCCUUCCCUCUCUGGUUCCGCAAGCCCUCCAGAUACAUGGGUUGACAUAUCAUCCACCGACUAUGCCCACAGGCGUAGAGAGCUUAUGCAGAUGAUGUCUGAUCUCAAAUCCAUGGGUGCCGAGGCGCUCAUCGACUUACCAUCCGUAGUCGUUAUCGGUGGCCAAUCAGCCGGAAAAAGUUCACUUGUCGAGGCCGUCAGUGGGAUCAAUGUCCCGAGGGAUAGCGGGACAUGUACAAGAUGCCCUAUGGAAUGUACAAUGUCCAGUCAUGCCACAUCGUGGUCUUGCUCUAUCACCUUACGGAUGGGCUUCGAUAGUAACGGCCGAGACCUGCCAAGGACUACUACUGUGCCAUUUGGCCGGACGAUCACCAACAAAGAUGAAGUUGAAAUUUGGCUGCGUCGUGCCCAGUCAGCCAUUUUGAACCCGAACGUCCCUUCUUCGAGUUUCCACACAAAGACCAUUGAAGAACUCAGGAACACCAGAAAUACUUUGAAGUUCUCCCGCAAUGUGGUGUGCGUCUCGAUUGAAGACCCUGAUGCAACCGACUUGUCGUUCUAUGAUUUACCGGGCUUGAUACAAAACGAAGAAGCCGAAACUGUUGCCUUGGUGAAAAGUUUGGCGGAGCAUUACACCAAGAAAGAGAACACUAUCAUAUUGACCACAAUUCCUAUGAGUGACGAUAUGGAAAAUCAACAAUCCAUGAGUCUCGCCAGGGCCGCAGACCCAGACGGAAAGCGAACGAUUGGCAAUUAUUCAGGUGUCCUUACGAAGCCUGACACACUCGGUGCUGGAGCUAUCAACCAGCGCCGAAAAUGGGUAGAAAUCAUUGAGGGCCGUUCGGAGGAUCAUACAUUGAGGCACGGAUUUUACUGCGUACGUCUUCCUGAUGAUGCCGAACGCACACAACACCUGUCUCGUGCCGAAUCACAAAGGCGUGCUGCUGAAUAUUUCGAUACGACGUCCCCCUGGAAAGACGUGAUCGACCGUCAUCGAUUUGGAAUUCCGGGCUUUGUCUCCGAUGUAAGCCGACUGCUAAUCCAGCUGAUCGAGGAAGCGUUACCGCGUCUCAGAGAAGAUAUCGACAAGCUCCUUGUCAAAUGCAUGAAGGAAUUCGAUGCAUUGCCACCACCACUUGUAAAUGACCCACAAAUCGAGGUUUUAGGACGCGUCAAUGCGUUCUGCGAUGUCUUCAAGAGCUUUGUGAAUGGCAGUCACGAAGACAAACGUCUUGCGCAGCGUAAUCGUGCGCUCUAUGCUAUUUUCAAGAGGGAUAUACGCGGCACUGCUCCUGACUUUAGGCCUUUUGAGAAACCGGAAGAGUAUGUUCCACUGGAUGAUACUGAGGGGAAGAUGACCCUUUUUGAGCGAGAUCCAGGCGUGAAAGUGAUGGGCAUAUAUGACGUCAGCAAGGUCAUCCACGAGGCAAUUGCAUGGGAGCUACCGAACAACAUACCAUACCAGGCGAAGGCGAACCUCAUUGCUCAAUUCACUAAACUCUGGGUUGCUCCGUCUGAGCGCUGCCUCUCUGGUAUCAAUGAUGUGCUCGAUAAUGUCAUUAGCACACUCAUAAGCAUUCAUUUUGGACGCUUCAAAGUGCUCGAAGGUUAUGUUGGGGAUUUGAUUAGAAUCCAGGUUGGUGUUUGCAAGGCACACGCCCAAGAAGCUGUCAAAACAGCCUUGGCUCUGGAAACUACUCCCCAUUAUACUCAGAAUACGCAUUAUCUUCAAACACUCCGCGAAAAAUGGCUGGCUCGUUAUAAGACAGUUCGAAACAGAGCUUCUCAGUACAAGGCCCCCGUACAUAUUCGGCAGCAGGUCACGCCCGAGGCCAAGGCUUUGAGGGCCCUUGCAGAGGCAGGGUUUGCAAAUCUCGGGAUAUCAGAUCUUGCGCGUCUGUUACCUCCCGACUCCUUCCAGGAAGAGCUAGUUGUGAUGGCUGAUGUUCGAGCCUAUUAUCAUGUUGCCUACAAGCGCAUCAUUGACCAUAUUCCUCUGACUAUCGAGCAUGCUCUCCACCACGCCCUGGCGGAACAACUUUCGCAGAGCCUUCUCACGAGCUUACUGACUGAUGUUGCGUCUGGGCCCAACUUCUCUGAGCGUAUGAACGAGUUGGUCAGUGAAGAUGCUUCCAUCGCUCAGAAGCGCGCGUUGCUCUCGUCACGAAAACAACGCCUGUCAGACAUUCGCCGGAGACUCAUGACCUUCAGUCAUAGCACUUGA